UGCGUUUUUAUGUGGUCACUCUUCUGUUUGUAUUCCUCGACGUGGUGACAAGCUGACAAGUCUGAAAUCAGACAUCGGGAAAGCAGGAAAAAUAUAUAAAUCCAAAGUUAGUUCAGUGAAGAAGUGAAACUAUACCAAAGUAUAAGUAAAAUCAAACAAAGAGUGUUGAUCUACAAAUUAAAACUCGCCAUCAGGCAAUAGGGAAUGUUCUCAUCUGGAUCACCCGUUAGAAUGAGUGUGAUGCAGCAAUCGUCGAAUUUUUCCUACGGUGAACGCCCUCAAAUGGGUUUGGAUGUCGAAUUUGGAGCUGAUCCAGCAUCGGGUGGUUUUUUCAACACCGACUAUAAAAAACACGAUGACUUAAAACAGAUGUUGGACAGCAAUAAAGAUGGCUUAAAGCUGGAAGCUAUGAAGAGAAUCAUAAGUAUGUUGGCCAGAGGUCGAAAUGCCUCGGAUCUCUUUCCGUCCGUUGUAAAGAAUGUUGUGUCCAAAAAUAUCGAGGUAAAAAAACUUGUCUAUGUUUAUUUGGUGAGAUAUGCUGAAGAACAACAAGAUCUAGUGCUUCUGUCGAUAAGCACCUUUCAACGAGGUCUAAAAGAUCCAAAUCAAUUGAUUCGGGCUAGUGCUCUCAGGGUGCUUUCUAGCAUUCGAGUUCAGAUGAUUGUGCCGAUAGUCAUGUUGGCCAUUCGAGAUUCUUCAUCGGAUAUGAGUCCCUAUGUGAGGAAAACCGCAGCCCAUGCCAUUCCAAAACUCUAUUCUUUGGAUCCCGAGCAGAAGGAUGAGCUGGUUAUUAUAAUAGAGAAACUUCUAUCCGACCGUACAACUUUGGUAGUGGGAUCAGCUGUUAUGGCUUUCGAGGAAGUCUGUCCGGAACGUGUCGACCUUAUUCACAAAAACUUUCGUAAGCUUUGCAAUCUUCUGGUGGAUGUAGACGAAUGGGGACAAGUGAUUAUCAUAAACAUGCUCACCCGAUAUGCGCGCACACAGUUCACCAAUCCAAAUGCGGGUGAAAACUUCAAAGAUGGUGUCGAAGAAAAUUCGGAAAAAUUUUAUGACUACAACGAUGGCGAUGAGAAUUCAACGGAUGACGAUAAGAAGAAAAAACGACGAUCAUCGUCAAAGCAAUCUGUGUGUUCAUUGGAUCUGGAUCACCGUAUGUUGUUGCGUCAGGCGAAGCCACUGUUGCAGAGUCGCAACGCAUCAGUGGUCAUGGCUGUGGCUCAGCUCUAUCAUCACAUUGCUCCGCACACGGAAGUGAAUAUCAUUGCCCAAUCGCUUAUUCGUCUUCUUCGUGGGCACAAGGAAGUGCAGAGCAUUGUGCUUACUUGCAUAGCUUCGAUGUCAACAAAGCGCAAAUCUAUUUUCGAGCCUUACUUAAAGUCGUUCUUCGUUCGCACCAGUGACUCAACUCACAUUAUGCUGUUAAAGCUCGAGAUAUUGACUAAUUUGGCUUCUGUUACUAAUACUGCAAUGCUCUUAAGAGAAUUCCAGACUUACAUAAAUAGCAGUGAUCGGGUUUUUGUGGCAGCUACGAUUCAAGCUAUCGGACGGUGUGCUGCGUCCAUUAAGGAGGUUACUGACACUUGUCUAAGUGGGUUAGUGCAUCUACUGUCGAACAAAGAUGAACAUAUUGUUGCUGAAAGCGUUGUUGUCAUCAAGAUGCUAUUGCAGACCAAAGCUGCUGAACAUUUUGAAAUAAUCUCGCAGAUGGCCGGUCUUCUUGACUUUAUAACCGUGCCAGCUGCACGUGCUUCAAUUCUCUGGCUUAUCGGUGAAUACAAUGAAAAAGUUCCCAAAAUUGCACCAGAUGUUCUUAGAAAGUGUGCCAAAACUUUCUGCGAUGAGGAAGACGUUGUUAAACUGCAAGCAAUCAAUUUGAGCAUGAAACUUUUUUUGGUCAAUCCCGAGCAGACCUCUUUGCUGUGUCAAUAUGUGUUCACAUUGGCGCGUUAUGAUUCCAAUUACGAUGUUCGCGACAGGGCUAGGUUUUUGCGACAGAUAAUUUUACCGGCCGAUGAACUCACCUCGAUAUUCUCUAAAAAUGCACAUAGUAUCUUUCUUUCUCCAAAGCCUGCUCCGGCAUUGGAGGGAAAAUACCAAGGGAGGGAUCAUUUUCAACUUGGAUCGUUGUCGCACUACUUAAAUAUGCGUGCGAACGGCUACAGAGACUUAUCUGACUUUCCGCGAAUUGCCUCGGAUUCAUCGCUCCGGAAUACUGUACCCUUUGACGACGAGAUGCAUUCUCAACAUAAUGCAUCUCAAGAGGUCGUCAGCGAGGUCGGUAAAUACUCGGCAGCAAACAAAAAAGAGAAUAAUUUGGAAUCUUCAGAAUCGGAUGAGUAUAGUUCGAGUGAUGAAUCUUCUGCUGAAGGGGAUGUAGUUGAUGACAAAACAGCCAAUGCUAAAUAUAAAACUUCCGAUGCAGAUUCCGAUGCAGGUGAUAAUUCGUCGACAAGCGCUAGCAGUAAUAGUCAAUCAAGUUCGGAUGAUUCUUCGUCCUCAGAGAAGAGCAGUUCAGAGUCGGAAUCAGAAAGUGAAACUGAAAAAGCAAAUGAAACUCCACCAACUACACAGACGACAAAACCAGCAAGUGAUUUAGAUCUCCUCCUCGAUUUGAGUGACGUUCCAGCAGGAGGUGCAAUUAUGACUCCAUCACAUGGUGGAUUUUUGCCUCCAGGUACCCCGGGAGGUGGCAAUAAUUCCCUUGCUCCAAUCGACCGUAUCGACCUUAUCGGUCCGUCUUUUAUUAAUCAAAAGCAUACCGCAUUGCUUAAUAAACUAUCCGGAAACGGACUCAGUGUUACUUUUCGUUUUACUCGUUCGCAGCACAUUUUCUCUUCCUGCAUGGUCUCAAUUGAACUUAUUUUUACAAACCAUUCCAACGAAGAAAUUACCAAUAUUCACAUCUCUCCACCGAAGUUACUUCCUUCAGGGAUGAAUAUAAACGAAUUCGAUCCAAUUCUAAGUCUUCAGCCGCAAAAAAGUGCCACUCGUGUUCUGGGCAUCGACUGUAAGGAUUCAACUCAAGUUGUCGAACUUGAAAUUCAAUCGAACAAAGGAAAUUCCAAGAUUUGCCUCAAAGCACCCAUUGGAGAGUUGAUUCGAUCGAUUCACAUUGACGAGGAUUACUUCCGUGAAGAACGUCAAAAACUACGUGGCAUGAACGAACAUCAAUGUAAAGUGCCGCGCCAGACCACUGACGACAUAAAUGCUCUUAAAACGAAAGUUUUCCAGAAGCUAAAUGUAGCCAACAUCAAUUGCUCCAAUCCCGAUUUUGUAUAUUUCGUUGGGCAAACAAUAUCCUCUAAGAGUUUAGUACUUAUUUCACUUGAGCUGCUCCAAAACGAAAUAUUGAUUUUGGUCAAUUGUGAGAAAAUGGUUAUUGCAUCUAUGGUGCUCAAUGAAAUACGAAGUGCAAUAACUGGGAAAAUGUGAGCAUUUUUAGUGUUUAACUUUAUUUAAUCAAAAAAUUGUUUAUAUGCUUUUUUCAUGACUUAAACGUAAUAAAAAUAUUAUAUGUGUCAUAUUCAUUAAUUAAAAAGACCCAUUCAGGUUGAGAUGAUUGUCGAGGACGAUUGCUAGUUUCGUUAAGAUUUUCUAUGGAAUGGGCUCGUUCGAUUGUUGAAAGUAUUUGCGAAGCUUUCUACCGCCCUUACGACCAUAUCAAUCUAAGUGGUAAAAAUUAAGUUGCUUCUAGAAA